AUGGGAUGGACGAUUGAAGAGGAUGAGAGGCUGCGGUCCCUUGUGCACGAGUUCGGAGAACAGCAAUGGAGUGUCAUUAGCCAACACAUGACGUCGAAAUCGCCUGAGGGACACAUGCGGAAUCGAAAACAGUGCCGCGAGAGGUACUUGAACCACUUGAGUCCAAGCCUUCGACGGGACGCUUGGACCCGAGACGAAAAUGCCACGUUGCGCACGCUCGUGGACAAAUUCAAGUCCGACGAAGGCAAAACGCCAUGGGCGAAGAUAGCGACGAGCCUCCCCGGUCGAAGCGUCGACCAGGUCAAGACCCAGUGGCGGCGACUUGUUCGUCAGCAACCGUCCUCACAACAGCCUUUGGAUGCCGUGACGACGAAGACGUCAUCACAGACAUCACCAUGGACCUCGGACGACAACAAGAAGCUCAUGCACUUGUGUACGUCGACGACGUCCCUGCAACCGUCGUGGCUGUGGAUUGCCUCGCACUUUCCCUCUCGCACCGACUUGCAAUGCCGACAGCAUUGGACGCACGUGUUGGAUCCCGCGUUGAAGAAGGGCAAAGGCACAUGGACGGACGAGGACGACCAGUUGCUCGGCUCGUUGGUCGAACGGUUCGGGCCUUCAUGGAAACACAUUGCGACCAACUUUCCCGGCCGCCUCGGGAAGCAAUGUCGCGAGCGGUAUCGAAACCACGUCGAUCCGAGUUUGACCCACGAGCCAUGGACACUGGACGAAGACAACAUCGUGUUGGCGGCGCAGGAUCCCCACUUGGAACAGGUCGUUCAACCAACAUGA